UAGAGUGGGUUUAAAACUCUCCCUUGAGAAGAAACAUAGCAUUUCAGCUGCUGUCACUCCUUCAAGGAAAGUUCCUCUACUCCACCAACCCUCUCUUUUCCCAGUAACAUGGCCAGCAAGGAAGUCAUUACAGUGUUUGGAGCAACAGGAGCUCAAGGUGGCUCUGUGGCCAGGGCAAUUUUGGAGAGCAAAAAAUUUGCCGUGAGAGCAGUGACCAGGGAUGUGACUAAGUCAGAUGCCCUGGCGCUCCGCGACCUUGGAGCUGAGGUGGUGAAAGGUGACCUGGAUGAUAAAGCAUCCGUGGAUGAUGCCUUAAAAGGUGCCUAUGGGGCCUUCUUGGUGACCAACUUCUGGGAAACUUUGAACAAAGAGAAGGAAGCGCAACAGGGUAAGCUGGUGGCAGACACCGCCAAACGCCUAGGUCUGAAGCACGUGGUGUACAGCGGCCUGGAGAACGUCAAGCGGCUGACUGGUGGCAAGCUGGAGGUGCCACACUUCGAUGGCAAGGGCGAGGCGGAGGAGUACUUCUGGUCUCUUGGCAUCCCCAUGACCAGUGUCCGCGUGGCGGCCUACUUUGAAAACUUUCUCACGGCGUGGAAGCCUGAGAAAGCCUCUGAUGGAGAUUACUACAUCCUGGCACUACCAAUGGGGGAUGUACCGAUGGAUGGUAUCUCUGUUGCUGAUGUCGGCGCAGCUGUCUCUAGCAUUUUUAAUUCUCCAGAGGAAUUUUUAGGCAAGGCUGUGGGCCUCAGUGCAGAAAAACUAACCAUACAGCAAUAUGCUGAUGUUCUGUCCAAGGUUUUGGGGAAAGAAGUCCGAGACGCAAAGAUUACCCCGGAAGCUUACGAGAAGCUGGAAUACCUUGCAGGAAAAGAAGUAGCCAAUAUGUGUCUUUUCUAUCAGAUGAAGCCCGACCAAGAUGUCAAGCUCACCCACCGACUAAAUCCCAAAGUCAAAAGCUUCAGCCAGUUUAUGUCAGAGAACCAGGGAGCUUUCAAAGACCUGUAGAAAAGCAGCUGUUCAGAUAGGCCUCUGAACCAAGCACACAGCCUCUUUCCUCUCUGACCCUUUUCCUCUUUACAGCACAUUCGCAGCGACAGAACACUGGCAUGCAACUGUUUGUAACACCAAAGGAUUUCCUGCAGUCCUCUCUUCAGUAGGAAGCACAGCACUGGUGAUGGGACACAGUAGUUUGAUUCACGUUUAACUUGCUAGUUAGUGACAAGGGUGGUACACCUGUUUGGUAAAAUGAGAAGCCUCAAGUUUAAAUAACCUUCUGUAGCUCUCUGUCUCCUGGAGAGCCAAGUCCCCUCAAAGGACUCUGGCCUGGGGACUUCGUGCUUCUAUCUCCCAGGUGAGUGAUUUCAACCCCCAGCGCUGAAAUUCCCCUGGGCAACUCCAGUUUUCUCAACUGCAUCGCAAAAUUCCCAGUGAACUUUUAAGUCAUUUUAAUUUUAAAAAACGAACAUCUUUGUAGAGAAUUUUCUGGGGAACGCGGUGUUCAAUGAACAAGCACCAGCACUGGAAAUGCUAGAAUUUGGUUUGGCUUCAAGAUUGGAAGUUUCUUCUCUGAGUCAUUCAUGAAGUCGCCUGUUGAGCCAUCAUUCAAAUAUUCAUCUAUUAAUCCCUCUACCCUUCACUUAUCCAUUCCACAAACGUUUCUUGAGCACCAGCACUGGUGGCAUGUUUGUGGACUUCGCUUCAUUCCUAUGUGUUUUCUUUUUUCUUUUUUUGAAACGGAGUUUCACUCUUGUUGCCCAGGCUGGAGUGCAAUGGCAGGAUCUCGGCUCAGUGUAACCCGGGUUCAAGCUAUUCUCCUGCCUCAGCCUCCCGAGUAGCUGGGAUUAUAGGCAUGUGCCACCAUUCCCAGCUAAUUUUGUAUUUUUAGUAGAGACAUGGUUUCUCCAUGUUGGCCAGGCUGGUCUUGAACUCCCAACCUCAGUUGAUCCUCCCGCCUCGGCCUCCCAAAGUGUUGGGAUUACAGGUGUGAACCACUGCGUAUGGCUCCUGUGCGUUUUCUUAUCACAGUGGUCCACUCUCCAAAGGCUCCUUCCAGUGUGUGGCUGGGGUUGAGUCAUGCCAGGCCCAGUGAGGCCAUCUCCCCAUGUAGCUCUGGCUAAAAUCCAGAGAAUCUGCUGGGAGAAUGGGUGGGGCAGGAAGCUGGAGGCAGGGCCUGUGAAGGGUAGGAAUGUGGAAAGAGAAGGAGGCAGAAGGACCCCAUAGGACAUUUCUAUAUCUCUGGCUUAGCAUUUUCUAUAUCAUAUUGUAAUCAUAUUACUUGCUAGUUUUCUUUCUUACUGUGAGUGACUUACACUCAUCUUUAUCCCAGUGCCUGCUACCUAAUAAGUAAUCAAUAAGUGUUGAUUGAUUAAAUGAGUAAA